AUGAGCAACACUACCGAUUCGCAAAGCUUAGCUAUUAUCGUUCGUGAGCUGCGACGGUUCAACCCUGAUACAGAACCAAGCGCAGACCAGCUCGACCAGCAAAUAACAUUAGCUCGAUCCAUCAUUCGUCAUGUUGAUCAAACGUCCAUCUUGCAACGUGCGACUUAUGUUCAAGACCAAGUGCUCAUCAUCUCCCUCCUGCAGGACUUGGCGUAUCAUGACCCCGAUUCUGGAGGCAUUUUCGAUAUUGCACAGUGGUGUGUCCGACACUGGCUCAGACUUCUACAGGAGUACCCUGAAGAUGUUGGCGUCUUACAAGGCCUCGGGCAGAGUUGGCUCUUACGGUCUCAGAAUUCUCUAGCAAGAAUACAGCGUGAGGAAGGAAGUCCUUCAAGCGGUUCAUACUAUAGUCAAGCUCGAUCCACGUACAACGGUUCCUGGGAUGAGGCGGCAGAGAUCGCCCGUGCCACUGCCGAAGCAAAUAGCUGGCGACACACAGCUAACUAUGUGGAAGCACGCGGCACGCUGGUACCUGCCACCGAGUACCUGACCCGAGCUGUCAACGUUGCUGAACGAAAUGGAGUUCUUCGGGGACAACUGCUGGCACUCGCGGCAGAGGCCUAUAUGAGCAUUGGCAAUGUCUCUUACGCACCUGGCAACGAGCAAUACUUCAGGCAAGCGCUUGCAUAUCUUCGUCGGGCGAGUCAGAUCCAAGGUGCUGGAAGCGAGACUAGAGCAGGCGAGUCUGCUCAAGAAGGUGCGACUAGCAAUCCUACCGACCUCUUAAUCUUUCGCUUAUGGUGUUCGCAGGUUGUCGAUGCUAUCAAGGACCUUGUUCAAGACUGCAAUUUUGAUUGCAAUGACUCCGGCAUUGCCCUUCAAGCCAUGGAUAACUCCCACGUCGCUCUGGUCUCCAUGAUCCUGAAAGCCGAGAGCUUCUCGCCCUUUCGCUGUGACCGCAACCUUGCUCUCGGCAUCAAUCUGACUUCGCUCACCAAAGUCCUACGAGCGGCGCAGAACGAAGAUAUCCUCACACUCAAGGCAGAAGAUGCUCCAGACGUUGUCAACCUGGUCUUUGAGAGCAGCGAGACCGAUCGGCUUAGCGAAUAUGAUAUCAAAUUGAUGGACAUUGAUCAAGAACAUCUGGGUAUUCCAGACACAGACUACGCAGCCACCAUCGAGAUGCCUAGUUCUGAAUUUCAACGGAUCUGCAGGGACCUUAUUGCGAUGUCCGAAUCAGUCAGCAUCGAGGCUUCCAAGGAUGGUGUACGGUUUUCUUGUCAAGGCGACAUUGGUAGCGGCAGCGUGACAGUCCGACAACACAGCAACGUCGAGAAGCCAGACCAUGAUGUUUCGAUCCAGCUAUCUGAGCCGGUCGCGUUGACUUUCUCUCUUAAGUACCUGGUCAACUUCUGCAAGGCAAGCGGCCUCUCUGCGAAAGUCAAGCUGUGUCUAUCACAAGAAGUACCGUUGUUGGUAGAGUAUCCAUUGGCUGGAAACAGCUAUCUACGAUUCUACUUGGCGCCCAAGAUUGGCGACGAUGAAUGA